CCUAUGGAGAAUGGCUCAGAGGUUAAUGAGUUCAUUUUUCUGGGACUAACAGACACCCCAGAGCUUCAAAUGCCCCUCUUUAUAACAUUCACCCUCAUCUACAUCAUCACACUGGUGGGGAACCUGGGGAUGGUAGCCCUCAUCUUUUGGGACUCCCAUCUCCACACCCCCAUGUACUUUUUCCUCAGUAAUCUCUCUCUGGUGGAUUUUGGCUACUCCUCAGCUGUGACUCCCAAGGUGAUGGCUGGGCUCCUCACAGGGCACAAGGUCAUCUCCUACAAUGGAUGUGCUACACAGUUGUUCUUCUUUGCAACAUUUACCACUGUUGAAAGUUUUUUCCUGGCUUCCAUGGCCUACGAUCGUCAUGUGGCUAUUUGCAAGCCUCUAUAUUAUACCAUGACAAUGACAUCAGGUGUGUGCACACGUCUAGCUGUUGGUUCCUACAUCUGUGGCUUUCUGACCUCCUCUGUGAGUGUAGGAGAUACCUUUAGCCUCUCCUUCUGUGGUUCCAAUAUAGUUCAUCACUUUUUUUGUGAUAUCACCCCUCUCCUGGCUCUUUCCUGCUCUGAUAUCCACAUUAAUGAGUGGGUGCUCUUUAUAUUAGGGGGAUUCAAUAUCUCUUUUGCCCUCAUGGUCAUCUUCACCUCUUACCUGUUUGUCCUCAUUGCCAUUCUGAGAAUCCAUUCUGCUGAGGGCCGGAAGAAAGCCUUCUCCACCUGUGCUUCCCACCUCACAGCAGUGUCCAUAUUCUAUGGGACGAUCAUCUUCAUGUACCUUCAACCCAGCUCGAGUCACUCCAUGGACAUAGACAAAAUGGCAUCUAUGUUCUAUACUAUGAUUAUUCCAAUGCUGAACCCUCUGGUCUACAGCUUGAGGAACAAGGAAGUCAAGUUGGCUUUCAGGAAGAGCAUCAGCUACUCCUUCCUGGGCAUCUCAUCUCUACUUCUCCCUACUGGGUGA